AAAGAUCGAUCGAUUAAAAGUUCGUUCGCGUUUGCUCAAACCACAAUUUACGACACCAAUUAGCGUCAUGAUCUUUAAUUUUGUGCUGGUAUCGGUAGUGCUGAUACUUUCGUCCUUACUAUUGACGAAUGCCAACCCGGAGGGACACGCGCAUUCUUUUCAGCAUUUUCAUGGACCAGUGAUGGGCAACGAGCACGAAGUCACUUGGAACGACGACCACGGACACCAUCACGCUGACUACGUGGCUCAUCCCCAUUAUGCCUUUUCGUACGGGGUUGAAGACCAUCAUACGGGCGAUUAUCACGGUCAAAAGGAGUAUAGAGAUGGCACAGAAGUGUUCGGUGAAUAUACCGUGAAGGAACCAGACGGCAAUAUCAGAAUAGUGAAGUAUCGCGCUGGCAAGGACGGAUUUCACGCCGAGGUGCACAAUAGCCGUCGAAACGAUCAUCAGGAGAACGCUCAUCAUCAUCACGAUUAUCAUUAGUCUAC